UUCUUUCCUGCACCCCUGUUGUCCUGUGUUGCGUCGCAUCUUCAGCCAAAAGAUCAAGUCUUUGUCCUUGACCGCGCGCUGCUUCUGCUCAACUCUCAGUGGCUGCUACUUGUCUCUGCAAGUACAUGCGUUUAUUUUCUGUUAUCCCUCAAUCAUCUCACCUCACCCUAUCAACUCCACCAAGAGUUGCUGCCCACUUUCUCUGCACUGUAACAGUAGCAACACUUUUACAAAACCACUGACAGUCCGAUUUGCUUUGUCAACCGACUUUGCAGCUAUGGCCUACAUUCAAUCUCCAGCAUCCGAUGCUUCGUCGGAUUUGUAUGCAGAGGUAGAUACGUCGUCGCAGCUCAACUUGACUUCGCGUUCUCGCCUUCAAGUUGUCUCGCAAGCGUCAGACCCGAUGUAUGAUGAUAAUUCUGUACCACUACCGGCACAGACAAAAGGCAAGCGUAGAUUUGGCGGCGAGGAUCACAUCCUCGAUUCCCAAAAGAGGCGGAAGAUUGUACUCACCCCAGAACGUUAUUUCUCACCUGCCAUCCCUCCUGUCGCCAACCUACCUGCCGAAGUCUGGCAGCAUGUCUUUCUCUAUCUCACUCCGGACGACCUGAGCCGCUGCUUGCGUGUGAACCGUUUGUUCCACUCCUAUCUUACCGAUCUUACCGGCUCCAUGAGCAUACGUCUGCCAUUCCGUCGAAAUGGGUUGAAACUCAUCGACAGCGAGGCCAUUUGGACCUCCGCUCGGAAGCUCUUCGCUCCGAAUCUCCCUCGACCUCUUGCUGGAUUUACUGAGAUGCACAUGUUUCAGCUCCUUGGAGGCAGCGAUUGUCAAGCUUGUGGCGUUUUCCCACAACAGCAAAUCCAGCCCUCAACUCCUUUCGAUGCUGGUCCUGGACCUGGUGGCGUGCGUAUUAUUUGGUCCUUCUCUGCUCGUCUUUGUUCCGAAUGCUUCAGGCUUUACUCAGUAAAGGAUGUUCUUGUUGUUGUCUCUCCAAUCAACCCUCUCAGGGCCGGCUUGCCCUAUGCCUUUUGCACUCCUGAUCUGCAUUACAUCCCUGCUACUCUACAACCUCAGGCUGCUGUUUCCAUCAAGGGCACCAUGUUUAAGGUGUACUCGCAGAAACACAUUGAUGAUCUUCAACAAGAACACCAAAAUGCCAUGGAAUUUGGCGAUGCUGCCGCAGAAGAGUGGGUCAAGGGUCUGCCUUUACUUGGAAAACAGCAAAUGGCCGAUGCUGCCCGCUGGGAGAGAUGGGAAGCUCAGCUUCCUCUUGGCUCUGACAUCUCCAAAGUGCUAAGGGAGUAUUUCCGUCCUUAUUCUGCUCCUAUGAUAAGUGAGGUUCCUGAUGCUGUUGCAUCAACUGCUGUAUCUGAAGAAGCAGUCCCUUCAGUGAGUGCGACGUCGCUUCCUGCGCCUCCCUCAGCUCAAAUGAAACAUCCUCUACCCGCUCGUGUUGUCGCUGUUCCUUCUGGAAAUCAACCCAGCGCCACAGCCCAGAGUCCACCACAAUCGACCAAAAAAGAGUGGCGGCCACCUCGCAAUAUGAAGGAGAUCAACGAAGCAAAAGCCUUGAGACGAUCCGACAUCGAGAGACGCUGCUAUCACGAGUUUCAGCCGCCUCUCAUGCCUAACGUUCUUCAGCACAUGGAGUCUUUCCACGCUGCUAUGCAGAUAACAACACCCUUGACAGACAGCGCAUGGGAGGUUUUGAAGCCUCGCCUCUAUGCUCAACGAGACACUGCCGAGCAGAUUGAGUACAUGAGAGAAGAACAGAUGCGUGCUCUUCAAGCGACGAUCCCUGAUCCUGCUUACCACGCUAUGUACAGCCAGCCUGUUGUUGAUCCUGCUGUCUUACAACGACAAUACGAAGCAGCUCAAGCUCCUAUACGCAAGAAGCUAGGCAUGUAUGCUGACGACCUUAUUCGUAUCAAGUACAAGAAGGGCAAAGUUCUCACUCGUGAAAAUUGCCCCGAGUUUGCUGUUGAGGUCUUGCUUUAUGCCAGAAACAGAUUUCUUGAGGUUGAGAGACCGCAUGAUCUCUCCCUGGACCAUAUGACUGAUGAGUCCGAUCCAUGGUUCGUCAGUCUAGAGAACAUGCGUUGGCUGUAUGAUCAAAAAGUCAAGACGUACACGGACAAGUAUAUGCGGGAGUUGUUCCAUUGCUCAGAGUGUAAGUCUGCUGGCAAGUCGUACGCCUUCGAGGGCAUGAUCCAACAUUACGGUGCAAAGCAUACUUCCGAUUUCAGCAGAGGCAACAUUGUUGUUCACUGGCAGAGUGCUGAGUGGCCGGACGAGUCUCCUCUCGAACCCUGCAAUGGCGUUACUCCUGAUCCGACUAUGCCUCAGAAGCAACCUAAGAAGGGCGCAGAGACUCUCGACCCCAGUCAACACCAGCCCUUGAACGGCUCCACACCCUCAGCUCAGCCCGCAUAUCCCGAUCACCCUUCUUACCAUCACGGUUGGCAUGCGAAUGCGGAACCGGGGACAUACGAGUCAACAGGUUAUCCAAGCUACCCGCAGCACGCGCAAGCAGGCUACGCCCCUUACGGUUAUCCUUACGCACAGUCAGGCACCCCGGCAGAUCCUCAUCACCCACAUGACUUCUAUCCAUCUGCAGCAAACCCUGCAAGCCUGUAUCAGGAUCAGCUCGACACAAUUGCUAAUGUCGCAAGAGAGAUCUGGGACCUCACUGCUGGAAUCAAAGGUCUGGAAGAGAGUGUUCGAGUCCACACAAUACUACACCACGUUGUCAAGAGGUUCAAAUCUCAGUUUGGCAGCGAACCGUCUCUCGACAUGCUGACCGACGCUCUUCUCAAUCACGAUCUGAUGCGCCCCAUCAAAGACGCCAGCGGUAUGGCUUGUAUGACUUGUAUAUCGAGCAAUCUUGAUGGGCUGCUUGCUUUCAAACCCUAUGCACAGCGCAUCGCCGACUACAAACUUUACAACACUUCUUCUCUCAUCACACACUUCAAGACAGUUCAUCUUGGAAACGAUGCUGGAUUGGACUAUAAAGAAGACAUGAUUGAACUGCCGGAAGACGACAAUAUUCGCCAGCUCUUGAUCGCUGUUGGUAUGAAUGACGAAAAGCUUGGAAUAAUCGCAGAGGUGUUCCCCAAGCUUUUCCCUAACCCAUUACCUCGCAUUGGAGAGGUCAAGGAAUCCUUCAAGCCUCUUCCCAAGAAGGAAACAAAAUCAGAUCGUCGCGCGAGUCAAAAGAAGAACAAGAAACAGAAACGAAAUGGUGGACAGCCUCCUGCUCAUUUGGCUCAAGGCGAGACAUCUGAAGAACAAUCUGAUGCCUUACCAGAAGCCGCGGAAGACGAGUAUGACCCUCGUCGCCCGGCUUUCAUUGAACGUGGGAAUCCAGGAUCGAAUUCAAAUGGUAAGAGACCACACGGAGACGGUCAACGCCAACAGCCUUCGAUCGAUCUCACUCAGCUCGCACCCGAGACCCUGGAAGCUCUUAGCAGACUGCGACCGUCAGACCCAGAGGUUCAAAGGGCUCUUGCCGGUAGAACCGAACGGAGCCCGUCUGUACCCAGGGCCGCUGGCUCCAUCACAGACAGUCAAGGUCAGAACCGCGCCGCAUUCGAGGCUAAUCGUGUGCCAAUGCCUCAAUCACAAUUGCCUCGCGAAGUCAACACUCGCUCGAAUGGCCGUCACGAUCGUGGGGGUGAUGUAGAGCCUUCCGAAGAUUACACCCAGAUUAUACGCACUCCUGCCAGCGGUCCGUACGGCCAGCACACAGCUACAACUUCUGCUCUGUCUGUUCCACCGCAGGACCAUUACGUCCGUGUGGACUCGCGUGGACAGCCUUUGGAGUAUCCAAGACAUGAUCCUGUACCAUAUGGUCACACAUAUGAUUCUCGUCCAGGACACCAAGACUACUACUCUCGUCCCGAGUACAGAAUGGAGCACCCUCCUCCUGUUUCUUACGCUUACGAGCCACGACCAGAGACAGUAUAUGUUGAUCAGUAUGGUCGUCCUGUCGAGGUUGUCCGUGUGAUCGAGCGGCACCCUCCUCCAAUGUACGAUUACCCGCCCCAACAGCCUGAUUACUAUCCCAGAGAGGAUCCGCAUGCGAGGUACGUGUAUUAUGAGCAACCUCCCUCUCGUGGUCCUCCUGGGCCCCAAUCUGGAUAUGGUGGUCCACCAAGAAACGACUAUGGACAGCAUGGUGAUACAUCGAGAUACGUAUACGAUGACGGAAGAGCGUCUGUUCCGCGCAUGUGAAAGUAUCACGUCUGCAGGUGACGAUGUUUUUGGAAUAGCGUUUUACUCCGAGUGUUGCGACAUCUUCUUUUGCUUAUCAAUUGAUUACCCUUCUUAGCAUAGCAGCUCUUAUACUCCAGUACCCAGGUGGAGAACCACCGCGCCCUGUAAGCCUUCUGCAUAUUACAUGCACCUCAUGUGACCAAUCGCCGUUCGAGGGUGUGGUG